AUGCCCCCAAAGAAGGCUCGAAACACCGUAAAAGCAUCAAAUAUGGUCGCAUCUUCUGCUACUGUACUCUCCAAGCGAGGCCUGUCGGCGCAGGUGCUUCAGAUCACGCAGACACCUCGUGAAACUCGGUCAUCUCGUCAAAAGAUCAAUAUUGAUCCUUUGAAGAGUUUCAAUAAACCUAUAAGAGAAGUGCCUGUCAUUCUCCAAAGGAAUCAUCAGCUCCCAUCGGUCAGAGAGGAAGAACAUAGUGAUUGUCUGACUCCCAAGGGCAUACCUGCCUCGAAAGGUGGGAUCCAUGUGCAGCCCAAGGUGUACAAGACAAGCGUAGAAUCACUAGAAGAUGACAUAGAUGAAAAGGAUGAAAACUCUGAUAACCAUCCUGACCUGUAUGAGACUGCAAGCGAAGAAGGGGAGACAGCUAUGGACCAUGCAUGGUUCCAGCCACCUUCCUUAUCAGACACGUCGAGUGGGAUAGAAGAGUUCGUUUUUCAACAGAGAACGGGUCGCCAUAAGCUGAAAAAGAACACAACUGACCAGCUAAACCUGGCAAAUAGCACUGCUUUUGAAGUCACUAUCUGGUUCGUUUUUCAACGCCGCGAGGUGUUGGUCGCAGUCGAGAGCACGGAUGACUAUGUUGCUGUCAAACGAGCACUUGGACUUGCCAUAGGCAUUGAAGCUCGUGAUUUACGCCCACUACAGUACAAAAUUGAGAAGGAUCGCAACCAGUCAGCAUUCAGGGACUUCAACUCGCAGAGAGAUUGGGAGCAUAUCAUUACCUGGGCUCGCAAAUAUCGACAGUACCAGCUAAAUCGAAAAAAUGGGACACCAAAUGAGUGGUCCGUCCGGAUCAGAGAAGCAAGCGGCAGCAAGGCAGGGUUCAAGGCUGGGAGUACUAGUCAUGAUCGCAAAAAGAACAUAGAGAAUAUGAGUAAAAUAAUCAAUGCGCCGCGUUUGCAGGCCUCAAAGGAACUUGCCCAGGCUCGUCAAUGCAACCAGCAUGGUGGCAAAUACUGCUGGGUCCCUUGUGGAGGCGAUACUGCAGCUUUAACAUCCUAUGGAAUAAACCUCAAGGCCAAUCUUCACAUCCAAAUCACUGAUUCCGAGUUUGAGAUGUGGCUUGAUGAAGUGCUUGCAAAUAAUGCUACAGUUCGCUCUCCUGGUACUCUCCUUGCCAGGCAAAUUGCCCGCCGCUAUUCCCAAAUGCUUGCAAAAAAGGCUGAGCUAUCUCAACCUGUUCCAUCAGCCACUAAUUCAUUCGAAACACCUCGUUUUGCUCGCACAUUUACAGCACUUGGUCCACCAACACCUCAACGAUUCCUUGCCCGCUCUCAGUCUGUGCCUAUUUCUGGCGAGUUAGGUCCAUCUGAGAGUAAUCGCAGGAGACCUAUUGGUUCUGGGAAGAGGCAUAUUCCCAUAAACGAGUGGCUGGCAUCACUCAGAGGGCGUAUUGAGGGUGAUAACACCAACUAUCAGGCACUUUUGCAGCCGCUCUUAGCAGAAGAUAUACAAAGUACAUUAGAGAUCUGUCUCUUGGGUAAAGAGGGUCUUGUUGGUAUUGGCGGCAUUGCCAAGGGGACUGCUGCACGACUUGAGGCCUGGGCCCGUGAGGAUACUGGUUAG